AUGAUGGACGUCCAAACAUAUAAACCAAUUUUACAAUGGUUCUUAUAUAUAACAGUUUUCGUUCUUGGUUUAGUUUAUUGGUUGGUGAAUAGAAAUUUCAAUUAUUGGGCAAAUCGUGGUAUUGAAUAUGUAAAGCCAUCAUUUCCCCUCGGCAACUUGGGGUUUAUUAUGAGGAAAAGUUUUUGGGACUUCUGUAAUGAAUUAAAAGAUAAAUAUCGGAGAGACUACGUUGGUGUAUUUUUGGCAUGGAAACCGGCAUUAUUCGUGCAAACAGCGGAACUCGCUAGGAAAGUUUUGGUGAAGGACCACGACAGUUUUCAGGACAGAUAUUUGUACUCGGGACACUCAGAUCCCCUUGGCUCCUUGAACUUAUUCACUGUGAAGAAUCCAACAUGGACGGAGAUGAGACACGAACUGUCGCCAAUGUUCACUUCUUUGAGGCUAAAGAAAAUUACCGAAUUGAUGAAUAUAAACUCGGAGCAGCUCGUACAAAAGGUGCAAAGAGACUACGUUGACAAUAAGAAAUGUGUUAAUUUAAAGGAACUAUUCUCAAUGUACACGUCUGAUACAGUCGCAUACAGUGUUUUUGGUAUACGAGUGAGCGUGCUUAACGACCAGCUGUCACCACUAUGGGCCAUUACUAGUCACAUGGUGAAGUGGACAUUCUGGCGUGGUCUGGAAUUCACAAUGAUAUUCUUCGUACCAGCUGUUGCGGCGUUUUUCAGAAUGAAGUUCUUUUCGGCUCCGGCUUCAGAGUAUAUUAAAAAGAUUUUCUGGAAUGUGGCUGAGGAAAGAAAAUGUAAGGGAACAAGUAACGACAAGGACCUCGUUAACCAUCUUUUGAAAUUGAAGGACAAUUUGAAGCUUCCUGCUAAUUCUGAUGCCGACCUAGCCGACAAUUUAAUGUUAGCUCAAGCAGCUGUAUUCAUUCUUGGCUCCGUGGAAACUUCGUCGACGACACUUUCCUACUGCCUCCACGAACUCGCAUACCAUCCCGAGGAACAGGAAAUAUUAUUUAAUGAAAUCGACGAAGCGUACAAACGCACAGGAAAAUCCAUUCUCGAGUACGAUGACCUCAUGGAGCAAAAGUAUUUGUCUGGAUGUUUAAGAGAAACAAUGCGAAAGUACCCUCCAGUCGCGUAUUUAGAUAGGAUAUGUAACAAGCGGUAUAUGUUGAACGAUGACGUCGUUAUCGAAAAGGGUACCCCAGUGUUCGUGAAUGUGUUGGCCAUACAUUACGACGAGAAGAACUUCCCAGAACCAAAUAAAUGGAAACCUGAAAGAUUCACAUCCGCUUCAGACAGUGAUAACGUCCAAUUCACAUUUAUGCCAUUUGGAGAAGGACCACGAUUUUGUAUAGGAAAGCGAUACGGAAUGAUGCAGAUGCGCACGGCUCUAGCUCAACUCGUGCAUAAAUAUAAAUUGGAGCCCUCAGUGCCUUAUGACGUAGAAAGCGACCCUUACAGUGUGAUUUUAGCACCAGCUGAUGGUGGAAGUGUCAAAUUUGUACCUCGAUAA